AUGAAAAUACAUGUGAUUUUACAAUUAUUUGUCCUUUGUAAAUGUAUCAAAUUUUCAUUGACUGUCAGAUGUGCUUGUAAUGAAUAUGAUGAGGAAUACUGUAUCUCUAGAAAUUAUUGUUCUUGGAAUGGAUCUUCUUGUAUAGAUUUAUAAUGCCAAUAUCAAAAAGAAGAAUAUUGUAAUACUGAUAUGACAGAAUAUCAAUGUAAAUGGAAUGAAACUUUAAAAGUUUGCUAAAGUUAUUCUUAUUAAUGCAGUGAAUUAAAAAUGGAUGAGUGUUAAAAUUCUAUGUAUUACUUAGAUUGCUUUUGGUUUAUUAAUUAAUGCGUACCGCAUGAAUGUAAAGACCAUAUUGACUGCAAUCCCGAUUAAUGUUCAUCAUCACCAUAAGGUUGUGCACAUAAAGUUGAUAAUUUAAAUUGCUCAUCUUAUACUCAAGAUAUAUGCAUAAAGUAUGAUGGAUAUGGAAGUGGUUGUGCUUAUAGUAUUAUGAAUGGUUGUUUUGAUCUUAGAUCUUCCUGUUAAGAUUAUAGUGAGAGUAUAUCUUUUUGUAAUACAAUGUGUUAUUAUGAUAUCCAUUCAUAAUAAUGUAUUCCUUAAGAGUGUAGUUAAAUAACUGUUAAAUCCAAAUGUAAAAGUUUUAUAUCUGAAAUUCCAAAUUAAUAAUUUAUUCCUUGUAAAUGGUCAAAUGGAUAAUGUAAAGAAUUAGAUAUAGAAGAUUAUAAAGACAUUGAUCUAAAUAAAUGUAAAAUCUAUUCAAUUAAUUCUUUUUGGCAAGAUUCUACAUUGACAUGUAAAUUAUGCAAUUCUUUUGUAAGUCACCCAAAAUAUAAUUAAAAAUAAAGAAAAAAUGUUACUAAGAAUAAUAAUCAGAGUGCAUUAAAUGAUACAUAGGAUAUAUUAGAAAAUCAAUAAAACUAAUAGAAUGGUAUUUAUAUUUUGUAAUUAUUGCUGAUAUCAUAUGUUUUUAUAAUUUGA